AUGUUGAUAUUUUUUCUCAUAUCUGGUCUGGAUUUAAUCAAUAGUUUGGAUGAAUUAAGUGAUACAAAAUGUGAAAUAAUCGAUUCCAUAUAUGAACAUCAAUUACAUCCAGAAAAUGAUUCCGAUAUUAGUGAUGGAAAAUUUGGUUUCACUUGUCAUCGAUCAGCUAUUGGACGUACAGAAUAUAAAUAUGAUUAUUCUAAUCUUUCUUUAACUUAUUGUGCCUUAAUUUCAUUGAUUAUUCUUGGUGAUCAACUUGAUCGUGUUAAUCGUAAUGCAAUUAUUAGUGGUAUUCGUCAUCAUCAACAAAAUGAUGGAAGAUUUAUUCAAUCAUUGAUUGAAGAAGAAUCCGAUAUACGAAUAGUAUAUUGUGCUGUUGCCGUCUGUUAUAUUCUUCAAGAUUGGUCAUCAGUUAAUCGUGAUACAAUUAUUGCUCAUAUAAAAUCGUGUCAGAAUUAUGAAAAUGCAUUUGGACAAACGAUUGGUGCUGAAGCACAUGCUGGUUCAACAUUCUGUGCUAUUGCUUCUCUUGAAUUGAUGGGCCAAUUGAAUGAUGUUUAUGAUCAACGAAAACGUCAAUUGAUUGCCGAAUGGUGUCUACAUCGUCAAGUGACUGGAUUUCAGGGUCGACCACAUAAAGAUCCGGAUACAUGUUAUUCAUUUUGGGUCGGUGCUACACUUACAAUGUUGAAUUCAUUUCAAUUUAUUGAUGAUCAAUUGCAUUCCGAAUUCUUAUCAACAACAUUCGAUUAUGAUGGCGGUGGAUUUGGAAAAUAUCCCGAUACAUCAUCAGAUGUUUUACAUACAUAUUUUGGACUGGCUGCAUUAUCACUACGAGUUUAUAAUCGAAUCAAUACCGAAAUGGAUGUUCAAUCAAUUUAUCCAGCAUUAAAUAUUAGCCAACGAGCUUACAAACAUUUAUGUUCAAUCCAUUCUGAAUGGAAUGGUGGUCAGUCCUGAUUGUUAUUGUGAACAAAAAAAAGUUUGAAAUAAAAAAAAAAUUUUUUCAAAUUAAAAAUUUAACCAUGUCAUGUUGUUUACGAAUAUAUCCAGCCUUGUGCGUUUGUGUGUUAUAAAAUCACUGCAUCACAGAGACGAAAGUCUGCGGUGUACACUGCAAGGUUAACAAAAAUUCAAUUUUGCAGUUUACCCUGUAAUGAAGGGACCGUUCAUAUACAAAAAAAAGAAAAUAAAUUGAAACAAUUGUACUAGAAAUUGAAAGUUAGUGAAAUAUCAUAAAAUGAGACAAACCCGAAAUAUUGGUUAACAUUUGUGAUGAAACAAAGUCAGUACCAAAUAAUCAUCAUAACUCGAUAUGGUUGAGAAUUUCAUGAUUUGCACAAAGACAGCGAGUAGAAAAAGUCAACACAUGAAGUGUUGUGUGAUUUAAAUGAUAGUUGUAAUUUUAAAUUCGUUUUUGUCGUUCGAUCAAUAAAGUCAUAUUUUGAUAUUCGAGAUUAAUUUGUUUAAUAAAUAAUAAAUAAUUGGGGGGCAACUUUAUAAAUGAUCAGCAAUUAUGCUCCGAAUCACUAUCCUCCCCAACAAAUAGAUUUUAUAAGCAAGGGGGAGGCCAAUUUAUAAGUGAUUGUCCACUAUCCACCCCCAACACUGACUAUUUUUUAAAUUAAUUUAUGUGUAA